CGAGAUUUUUUUCGGAAGUCACAAACUCUUGGAAAGCGGCUGUUUUUUCUUUGGACCGUCGGGAUCAUUUAGGAAUAGUUGAAGAGUUUUCAAAUAAAUCCACACUAGGAUGAUUGUUUACGUACUGUAGGAGUGAAAUGGUAAAGAACAGUAAAUCUACAGAGUUUGAUGUCGUCAGUCUGCGGAGCUCAGUUUGUGCAGUUCUGGAGAUCCUCCUGAUUCAUUGAUCUGCAGUGAUGAUUCUUCUGUCCUUCAGCAUCAGUUUGUUCAUGGUGAAUUCAUGUAUGACUCACAGUUUGUUCACAUGUGAGCCGAUGCGUGUGCACUGGUGUCAUGACAUGCAUUACAACAACACAUUCUUCCCUAACAUGCUUGACCACUAUGACCAGGACAUCGCUGCCGUGAUGAUGAAGCACUUCAUGCCAUUGGCAAACCUCCGCUGUUCACCUGACGUACAUCUCUUCCUGUGCCAAGCAUUUGUUCCUGAGUGCACCGAACACACGCAUGUCCUGCGUCCGUGCAGAGAGCUGUGCGAGCGUGUCGUGUCUGACUGCAGCAGGGACAUGCUCACGUUUGGAAUCAGCUGGCCGCUGGAGCUGCAGUGUGACAGGUUGGAAUCAUGUCAUCUUUCUUCUGAUGGUUCUGCUGUUUCAUCCAUGGAAGAUACGACCACAGCCAGAGGCUCUCUGUCAGCCAAUCGGGACCUAGGCUUCUGGUGCCCCCUUCAGCUGAAGACUCGCCCCGGUCAGGGUGGCACUUUUCUCGGGGCUCAAGACUGUGCACCACCGUGUGACAACAUGUACCUCAAACCGCAGGAAGUUCGCUUGGCUAAGACUUUCAUCGGCGUGAGCUCCAUCGUGUGCUUGUGUGCGACUCUCUUCACAUUUCUAACCUUCCUUAUCGACGUGAAACGAUUUCGCUACCCUGAGAGGCCGAUCAUCUUCUAUGCCGUCUGCUACAGUUUUGUCUCUCUCAUCUAUUUUGUUGGUUUUCUGUUGGGUAACGAGGCCGCUUGCAACAAGCCGAGUCUGCCGGGCCGCGUGUCGACAAUCGUGUUGGGCGCGCAGAGCCGCAGCUGCUCACUGCUCUUCAUGUUGCUGUAUUUCUUCUCCACUGCUGGAAUGGUUUGGUGGGUCAUUUUGACCAUCACAUGGUUUCUGGCUGCAGGACUCAAAUGGAGCUGUGAAGCGAUAGAGAAGAAGGCCGUCUGGUUUCACGCAGUUGCCUGGGGUCUCCCGGGCGCCCUCACCAUCGUGCUGUUGGUGCUGAAUAAGGUGGAAGGAGACAGCAUCAGUGGCGUUUGUUUCAUUGGCUUGUACGACCUCACGGCGUUGCGUUGGUUUGUUGUGGCUCCGCUGGCGGCAGGUGUGUUGGCCGGCCUCUCUCUGCUGCUCGCCGGAAUCGUGUCUCUGAAUCGUGUACGGCAGGUGAUACAACAUGAUGAACGGAACCAGGAGAAGCUAAAGAAGUUCAUGAUCCGCAUCGGAGUCUUCAGUGGCCUCUACGUGAUACCUCUGCUGGCGCUGCUUGGAUGCUACCUGUACGAACAAUUCCGCCGCAGCGCCUGGGAGAACACGUGGAUCAACGAGCAUUGUCAGGAAUACAGCAUCCCCUGCUACUACAGCAGUGUUGAUGCGGACCGGCCUGAGCUUGCUCUGUUUCUGAUGAAAUAUCUGAUGACGCUGGUUGUGGGAAUAUCUGCUGUGUUUUGGGUCAGCAGCAAGAAAACGUGCUCUGAAUGGGCCUCCUUCUUCAACAGAACUCGCAAAAAAGAUCCCAUCAGCGAGAGCCGACGAGUUCUGCAGGAAUCCUGCGAGUUCUUCCUCAAACACAACAGUCGUGUGCAGCACAAGUCGAAGCAUUACAAACCCUCCUCUCAUAAACUCAAGGUCAUUUCAAAGUCCAUGGGCACCAGCACAGGCAUUCAAACCCCUGUCACUAGUAACCAUGACAACACACCUGUCUCCACGGCAAUCAGCAACCACAACAUUCCAAGCCAGUCUGUUUCUGAUCCGCACUGCUUUUCCGAGACACAGAGAGACUCGCCGCCACCGGCAGAGAGACGCAGUAAAGUGGAUAGUUCCAGUCGUAUUAGCAGCCACGCCGAAAGCCUCCGCAGGAUGACUCCAAAAGAUGAUGUGCUGCAGUCCGCCCACAGCGCCAACUCUCAGUGAAAUCUCAGGUGGGCAUGGCGUCUGAAUGGAGGUGUGGCAGACACAGUUCCAGCCCCACCUUCCUGUCAUUCUCUGCAAAAAAAUGUUAUCAAUAUAUACAGCGGUAUAACCCUUAUUUUAAUUUACUUGUAAGAUGUCAACUGUAGAAUUCAUGCAGCGGAAGUAUACUGACAGAAUUUGUAUUAUCAGUUGGUCAGUUCUGUUGUAUUUCAUUUUUAGGAUUGCACAUUUCUAAGCAAUUUAUCACUGGAAUAGUCGAAACACUGGCUUCUGACCUGAAUCAGUGAACAAAAACAACAGAUUUCAUUCAAGAUGUACACCUUUUCUCAGCUUUUAAACAAGAGGGGGUUUUUCUGCCGAAUACGUACAAGUGCGCUAACUGUAUCCCUAAAGAACACACUGGAACAUAUAUAAUGUUUACAGAUACAAGCUUUCUCUGUCCUGAAGUAAAACUUAUUUAAAAUCUUUAUGAAAUUAUUCAUAUUAAGGCAUCUAAAAUUUCAGUUUCAGUAUUUGAGAUUUCCUAUCAAAGAAAAAAAUCAUUUGACAUUUUUUUUAUAAUGAUUGUCUUUUUCUCUUAAGGGUGUGUUUAUGCAUUCACAGUUAAAUAUGAUAAUGUAAUAUACUUGAUUUGCACCUUUAUAUGUUAAUGCUGGUUGUUUAAAUGUAUAGUUACAAAACAGAUUUUAAAGGGAAAGACUUUGUAUAUUCCUCUGUCAUCAGGUUAGCAUCUGGUGAAGAUUUGGUGUAUGAUGGAUUUGCAGGUACUGCUGUAAAUCUUUGAUGUACACAAAGUUUCUGAAGAUUAUUUUAGUUUAAAUCAGUGGUCUCCAACACUUGGGCACCUGGUAGCCAUUGUUUGCCCAUUCUUCCAUGAAAUUAUAUAAAAAAGGAUUUAUUUAACCCUUGUGUUUUAGUGUAUAAAAUUCCCACAGACACACAUAAAUAUAAUAAACAGGAGUGUCUUUUUGUCAAGUUUUUCCUUAUGAAUUCCUGAAACACACAUAUAACGUAGAAAAUGACAUAACUUACAGCAGACUAUCCCGAUUCAAACGAGCCCAAAUACAACAUAAUAUGAUGAGGAGAUUUUGAAAUAUUCCUCAGAGUGUUCAUGGAAAUACAAUGCACAAAAGGGCCCUCAACACACAUUGUGUGUGUGUGUGUGUGUGUGCGCAAAUACACAUCCACAUAUGUGCUCAUCUAAAGGAUUGGGAUGCUCCUGAACACUUAAUAUUUCUGUAUUAUGUAGUCUAAUCCAUUCAUUUCUAGUGACCAGGAAGACAAGUGUAACAAAGUGAAAUAAAACCAAGAAAAGGUAUAGAAAAUUACCAUUACAAAUAUUUUGUGUGUGUGUGUUUUCAGAUACCAUAUGUGAACAAAGUCAAGGAAUUUUAUUCCAAUUGGAUAAGGUAAAAAAAUAAAUAAAAAUAAAUCAGGGUCAAAAUGACCAGAACAUGACAUAAGGGUUAAACAUUUCAUAUAACAAUAUUCAAUAAAUAUUAACAUUUUCCCAAAUGUCGAGUGCUUCUGAUCUAUAUUCUCACAUAAGCUAGAGUGAAGCGUUACUACUCUGAAAGAUCUGUGAGUGAAUGAGAGCGAGAGAGACGGCGUGUGUUUACCCGUGUAUACAUAAGAUUACCGUGACAUCACACAGCAGGCGACUGCACUUCUAGAUUCUUCAAUGCAGCAGCUUUAAAACUUUGCUUUUAUUAGUCUUUUAAGCACUGUAUAAUCUAAUAAUGUUUCUUAAUUUUAAUAAACGUUAUUAUCAAGGAAUAUCUAUGAUAUAUAGUGAAUAAAUAUAUGUCGAUUCUUUCUGAACUAUUGACAACUCGUUUUAACUUGCGUAGGAACAAGAUUUUGCUGGACAUGUAACAGGUUGACGUGUACUGUCUCUGAAAUAUACACAUCCUCACAUGUUUAAGACACUUCUGGCAGAGAAAUGUGGCAUAUAAAAAUGAAAACUACCAUCACACAAGCAAUAUUUGUCUACUGCUUAAAUUAUUGGUCCACUUGCAGUAUAAAUUAAUAUUCAUUGGCGCUGUGUCGAGAUGAUUCCUUUGUGAAAAUUUAAAUCUAGCAACUGCAGCUGUGGGGGGAAAUGAGUCUUAAUAGAGCAGACGCGAUCACAAUGACGGUUAUCUUUGAAAUAUUGUAAUUUAUCAAAUCCCGAGUUUGUUCUGAUCCACCGAUCCUGAUGGAAAUCUAAAAAAGCCCAAAUCUCCUAAAUUCUUUUUGAAAUGGGGUGUUUUAAAAAGCAGUGUUGGGGCAUUUUCAGCCCAAUUUGAACAAAGCGCCCACUGCCCACUUUUUUCAAUGAUGCGUUUGUUUGUAAACGGUAACUACAUUUUUGCUCCGGCACUCGGACCUAAUUGACUAACAGUAAUAUUAUGACAUAUUUUCACAGUAUUUUCAAGUGGACAUCUGCUUUUGCCCAACUGUUGAAAUUGCCUGUUCAAACCUCAGACUAAUGCAUAACCGUGCAGUUUUACUGUAGAAAAUUACCAUGGGACGUGAAAUGUUCUGUAUGGCCGUUUAACACAAAUGCAAAGUUGGACACCGCAUUCUGUUGCAUUAUUAUCACUGACAGCACGCUGACACAUGUUUCUAUUAAAGAUUCAGUCAGAUCGACUGGUGAAUCAAACACGGGAGUCAUCAGUGCCCUCCAGGUCAUUUAUUCUAUUCUCUCAUGAUAAGGUUGGAGAUCCCUGGUUUAAAUGAACUGAUCUUUUCUGUGUGAUGCGGAGCGAGUGACCUGUGUGUCUGUCUGUCACAUUAUAUUAUACUUGUUUGUAAUGUAAAGUGUGCCUUAUCAAAAUAAAGUCCAUAGAAAGCCCCCAGUGUGCAGCCUGAAGUGUAACUGUGUAAUCUUUGUGCAUUGGCUUUUCAGAAUCUCACAAUAAAGCUCUUCGACUGUUA